AUGAAAGCAACAGCAUAAGACCUAGAUAUCAUAAGACUUUUGAGUAGUAAAGAGUGGUAGGCUGCUUAUAAAAAUUUUGUUUACUAAUUUUCAUCUCAAUUUUCAGAAAAUUAGUAGAAUUUGAAUUAGUAAUAGGAGCUGCAUAAAGUAAAUCAUUUUUUAUCAAUAUCUAUAGAAAUUUCAAGAAUCUUUAUAGCCAAUUGCAAAUAAGUUUAUAUCAAAUGAGUCUUAGGAAAAAUAUAAGAAAGUAUUAGAUAAUAAAACUAUUGUAGAAUAUUAAAGAAUUAUUGUAAAAUUAUGCUUAAGACACCAUCAUCUAAUUUAUUUGUUUAUUUGAUUUUCGUUUAUUUCAAACUGAAAUGAUUUCACAAAACUAACUCCUAGAUUUGAUUGCUUUAGAAUUGAUUAGAAAGGAAGCAUAGUAAGAUUAAUAAGAAAGCAGUUCAGAUGAUGAGGAAGCUGAGAAGGAAUACUUUGAAAAAUCAAGGGAAUAAACAAAAUAAUAAAUAGAAGGAACUGUGAAUGUUGAAGAAGAGAAGCAAAAAUUGGAGAAAACAAUAAGAGAUACAAUUGCAAAUUUCAAUUUACCAGAAGUUAUAAAGUAACCCGAUAUUGAAGUUGAUUAAUAUGGAUUUAAUUAAGGAGUAACAGAAAAAGAAGAUGAUAUUUUGAAAAAGAGUAUUAAAUUAAGAACUCUAAAAUUAAAAUAAACAAUUCCAAAGAAAGAGAUAAGAUUAACUGCUGAAUAAAUGAAAAAGAGAAGAUUAUAAAUAGAAUUGGUUAAAAAGGCAAUUAAUGAAUAAUGAA